CGGACCACAGAUCCCCGACAUCUCCAUCCCCCAUGGAGCGGACUUGCGAAUAAGCCAGCGGAAAUAACCAAAGAGUGAACGAAAGCGUCCGACAAUGCCCAGUUCGACCAGCUCGACAUCGGUGAACCUGUCGACGCCGACCUGCCACUGUCUUACUCACAACAAUGGACCGGGACACUGAAGCCGGAAGCAACGAUGGCACCAACGACAACAACGACACAAUUAUACCCCCUCACACCCCCGAAAGCAACACCGAAGCGGUCGAUCAUGUCCCUCCCGUACCGCGCCGUCCCAGUCCCAAGUUAUCGGACGAUGGCGCAUCUGGAGCCCUACACGUAGCGGCCGCUUCCAAGCCCACCACCCAAGUGUCGACCAUCGAUAUCUCUACUCUGUCCUUUCCCGAUGGAUCGCGCGGCACUUUCUCGACGAGCGCGACGAGCGCGACGAGAUCCGUUGCCUCGCCCCAGUCGAGCGCCAGCGGUUAUACCUCCCCGCGCACUGACCUGGCCGAGACUGUGAGCGUCGCGAGCUAUCCCGCAACCCUCCGCCCACCUGGCGACCUGGCAGAUCUUGUCACUGGCGAGUUUAACAGGCGAAGCCGGGCAUGGUCCUUGCUGAGGACUCAGUCAUCCUCUGUGCAGCCCUUCGAGGCCAGCAGGACCGGCGCGUGCGACAGCUUGGCCGGGUUCGAGAAGGAGUUCGAUAAUAUCCCCGAACUAGGCGAGAAGGGCAUCACCGACGAGCAGCGGCUGUCACUCUGGAAAUCCAAGAUGAAACACUACAUGAUCCUAUCCUCCGCCGGAAAGCCCAUUUGGAGUCGACACGGCGAUACAAGUCUGAUCAACUCUUACAUGGGAGUCGUACAGACCAUCAUCUCCUUCUACGAAGGCGCAAAGGACCCCCUACUAGGUUUCACCGCCGGAAACGCUCGCUUCGUCAUCAGCACUCAAGGCCCCCUUUACUUUGUGGCCAUUAGCAGACUAGGCGAGAGCGAUGCCCAGCUUCGAAGUCAACUAGACGCUUUAUAUAUGCAGAUCCUGUCCACCCUCACACUUCCGACACUCAAGAACAUCUUUGUGCAUCGUCCCUCAACCGACCUCCGAAAGCCGUUGGAGGGAACCGAAUCCCUCCUCUCCUCCCUCGCCGAUUCCUUCACCAAGGGCUCUCCUUCUGCACUCCUCGGCGCCCUGGAAUGCCUAAGAUUGCGCAAAUCCCACCGGGCCACCAUCAACAAUGCCUUUCUCAAGUGCCGCAGCGACAAGCUGCUCUACGGCCUAAUCGUAGCGGGGGGCAAGCUAGUGAGCGUGAUCCGGCCGCGCAAACACUCGCUCCACCCAAGCGACCUCCAGCUAAUCUUCAACAUGCUUUUCGAAUCUGGCGGCAUCCGCGCCGGCGGCGGCGAGAACUGGGUACCGCUGUGCCUACCAGCCUUCAACAACCGCGGUUAUCUUUACAUGUAUGUGAGCUUUUUUGACUCGGUAGAGACGGCGGAAGACAACAACACCAACAACCCAGAACAACCACCACAACCACCACCACCAAAACCAGUGACUUCACCAGACGAAGAAAUUGCCAUAGUCCUCAUCUCCGCCGAUAAAGAAUCUUUUUUCGAACUUAAAUCCAUGCGUGACAAACUCGCCCUCCAACUGGCCAAGAACGGUUCUCUGGCACUCAUCCAAUCCGCAGCCCGUCAAGGCCGGCCGCGUAUCGAGACCAUCUUGAAUACCAAACCCCUCCCCAAAGAAGCAGGACAAGGCCAGGGACAAGGGCAACUAAGUCACUUUCUCUACAAAUCCCGCGCAAAUGUUCAGUGCUGCCAAUCCAGUCUCUCUCCUGCUUUCGAAACCUCGUCCCCCCCUUUACCAUCCUCCUCACCUUCCGAAAACGGUUCUCCCCAAAAGACGACAGAAAAACUAGUCUCCCGCCGCCGCCUAAUGACGCUCUAUCACCACUUACACGCUUCGAUUCACGCCAAGCACUCGCACCUGAAAGUCUUGCAUCUGGUGAGCGAGGACGCGGCGAGCCUGGCUUGGAUUACGCCCGUGUUUGAGUUCUACUGCGUGGCGGGACCGAAUAUGUCGAGUGGAAUCAUGACACAGUGCGCAAACAAGGUGGUGCAAUGGGCGAAGAGAGAGGAGGAGCGGUUAUUUAUCAUUGGGGGUGGUGUGUUUUGAUGUUGAUGUUAACGAAUUAGCAAGCAUUGGGUAUCAUAAUGGUUUUCUGGUGUGUACGGCAUGUUUCGGUUUGCUUUCCUGGGUUGUUGAUUCUGGUCAUUUAGGGAGAUACCACACAUAUAUAUAUCGGUUGUUCUUUCAUAUAGGUUGUUCAGUAUAUUCAUUACUCUUCAGUUUGCC